ACUACUACUACUACUACUACUACUACUACUACUACUACUACUACUACUACUACUACUACUACUACUACUACUACUACUACUACUACUACUACUACUACUACUACUACUACUACUUUGAUCAUUCUGCUCUCCUGCAAAGCAUCAACCUCCCCACACUUUGCAGCCGCCGCAUUCUCAAGCAUGUAA